UGUUGUCGUGGUCUCUCCCCUGAGUGGCUGAGGGGUGGCUCUUGGUGACAGGAAACGCAAGGCUUGCGAUGAGACCUGAGCGCUGAGUGGAGUAUGCUGCAGACGAUUUACGAGGGCGAGUCAAGUUUCUCCACAACAGAAGGGCGCGUUGGACACCAGCAGCUCCCCAACCAGAGCAAGAUGCACAACGUGAACAACUCAGUGGACAUUAAGCCAGACGUGCCGUUGACUGUGGAUCCCUUAUCACCAUUGGACCUACGCACAGAUCUGAGGAUGGUGGGGCCAGGCUCAGACCCGGGACUGUGGGAGAGGCAGCUGCAGCAGGAGUUGCUCCUCAUUCAGAAGCAGCAGCAUAUCCAGAAGCAGUUACUAAUCAGCGAGUUCCAGAAGCAGCACGAGAAGUUGACCCGUCAGCACCAGGCUCAGCUCCAGGAGCACCUCAAGCUCCAGCAGGAGCUCCAGGCCAUGAAACAGCAGCAGGAACUCGCAGAGAAGGAGCGCCGUCUGGAGCAGCAGCAGCAGCAGAACCAGCAGGAGAAGGAGCAGGAGAGGCAUCGGCGAGAGCAGCAUGUUUCCAGUCUGAGCCUCAGGGGCAAAGAGCGCUCCCGAGAGAGUGCAGUGGCCAGUACCGAGGUGAAGCAGAAACUCCAAGAGUUUCUGUUAAGCAAAUCAGCAAAGGACCCUGCUAGCAAUGGAGUCAAUCACUCUUUCAUCCACCACCCAAAACUCUGGUACACGUCCUCCCACCACACAUCUCUGGACCAAAGCUCUCCACCUCUGGGCGGCACAUCCCCCACCUGCCAGUAUACUCUGCCAUCACCCAUAGAGAGCAAGGAUGACUUCCCCUUGAGGAAGACAGCCUCUGAGCCCAACCUGAAGGUACGAUCCAGACUGAAACAGAAGGUAGCAGAGAGGAGGAGCAGCCCAAUGCUCAAGAGAAGAGACGGCAACAUAAUGACUCCUUACAAGAAGAGAGCCCUGGAGCUAAUGGACUCGACGCCCACUAACAGUGCCCCUGGCUCUGGCCCCAGCUCUCCCAUAGGGGCCUCCAGUGCCUUGGGGGCUGAAAAUGGACCCUCCUCCCUGCCUACUACCACAAAAACUGAGAGAUGGCCUUCACAGCCAAGAUUAUUCCGACCUGAGGGCUCUGUUUCGAUGCUGAGUUUAUACACAUCUCCCUCCUUACCUAACAUCUCCUUGGGGCUUUCAACUGCAUCCUCGCCCAUUAGUGCUGCCAUGGGGUUGAAAGACAGAUCAACAGAAAUCAAACAUGGGUUGCCUGGGCACCUCCUGGGUCCUGUGCCCCUGCAAACAGGCCUGGAGUCUAAGGUGAGCCCCAGUCACCAGGCUCUCCUUCAGCACCUCUUGCAGAAGGAGCAGAUGAGGCAGCAGAAGAUGCUCUCCUCUGGCCCCAGCUCCAUGUCAUCCCACCCUCAGUCCCCUCUGGCCAUGAAGGAUCGCCCCUCCAGCAGUCGCCCUAAACUACCAAAACACCGGCCCUUGAACAGGACCCAGUCAGCGCCCCUGCCUCAGAACACACUGGCCCAACUUGUUAUCCAGCAGCAACACCAGCACUUCCUGGAGAAACAGAAACAGUACCAGCAGCAGAUCCAUAUAAAUAAGCUGUUGUCCAAGUCCAUUGAGCAGUUACGUCAGCCCAACGCACACCUGCAGGAAUCAGAGGAAGAGCAGGAGGAGCAACACAGAGAGCUGAUGGAGAGCAUGCAGGAGGACAGGCUGCCCCCUGGAGGAGUCAUCCGGAAGCACACGCUCAGCAGUAGCAGCAGCAGUGGCUCGAGCGGCGAGCUGCCCGACACUCACUACGGGGUCAUCAAGGUCAAGGAGGAGCCAGCAGAUAGUGAGGAUGAAGCUCUAACCAACCAGAGCUUAGAGUCAGAGCAGAGCACCUAUCUUCACCAGGUCAAAGGUAGACUGGUGAUAAGAGCCAUGAUCUGAAAAAGGGAAGAGGAUGAGAUCACACACUCCAACAU